AUGUCGCAGUUGUUCAACGCAUUUUACCAACAUUUUCAUCCACUUGGGCUUUUCAUUCUAUUUGAAGAUCAUAUUGAAAAUACGGUCGUUGGUAUUUGUUUAUUUACUGUUGCCGUUUUACUCUAUUAUCUUAUUCGUCGAUCUACAAGAAAAGCGGUAUUUGAGCCAAAACCACGUUUUCGUAAACGCGAUAAAUUCUUAUACUAUGGAAAACGCUUUCUUCGAACGAUGCGUUCUUAUUCAUCAACAGCCAAUAAUCGCAUUCGUCGUCGAACGAGACGAUUUCAACAACAGAAACUUCGUAGCGAUGCGCCUACCACUUGGCAACCGCGACAACCACCUGAAUUUCUACUCGAAACAGAUUUCGAUUUCGCUAAUGGUGCACAUAGAGGCGAAUAUAUGUUACCACCAGAAAUGUUAUAUUUAUUAAAAAGUGUCAAAGUAUUCGGUCAUUUUGAACGCCCACUAUUUCUUGAGUUAUGUAAAUAUUUGGAAUCUAAAGUUGUAGUGGCGGGUUCUUAUUUAUUUCGGAUUGGAGAUGAUGACAACAGCAUGUAUGUUGUACAGAAAGGUUUAUUACAUGUGUUUAUUACAGAUGAAAAACAUCACCGCCAUCUUAUCAAAGAAUGUGUUGAAGGUGACACAGUAUUUUCAUUAUUGAGCAUCGUCGAUGUUUUAACCGGUCAUAGUAAUCCAUUUCAAACAGUUUCUUGCAAGGCAAUUGAAGAUUCUGUUGUAUUAAAAUUACCGGCUAUUGCGUUUAUUAAAGUUUUUAAAGAAUAUCCAGAAUGUAUUGUUCGCAUAAUUCAAAUUUUAAUGAUUCGUCUUCAACAUGUGACAUUUCUUGCAUUACAUAACUAUUUAGGUCUAACAACUGAAUUAACAAAUCUUACAAGUAUUCCAGCAGAAAGUGGCACCAAUGCGAAUAAUCAUCAUCAACACCACUGUUCACAUUUUCGUCAUCAAACUUCACGAACCCAUCCAAAAGAUAAUGACUCAAAAACACCAACAUCAGCGCAAAACAAUCUGAUGGUGCCACCACGCGAACGAAAAAGAUCAACGGAUUCAGUUGAUGCAUUAUUAAAUAACGGAGAUCAUGAUAGUAAUAACAUGAAGAAGAGUUUACAAACUGUUCAAGGUGUAUCCAGUGAAAUGCAUACAAAACUAAAGGAAAAUAAUCAAAAUACUGAUCAACAGUCAUCAUCGUCUAAUACACUAGAAAAUGAUAAUCAACAACUAAAUCAAUUAGCCGUCUUAGCUGCUGCAACACAAACAGCUGCUCAUGCGUCAACACUAACGGAAGCAACAAAAGCGAUCGCAGACGCUGUUGUGACUGAAGCAUCAGUUUUAAAAGAUUCGACAAGUACUUCAAUGAAAAAAGAGUCAUUUCAAACGAAACGUUCAAUGAGUUUAAUGGAUGAUGUUAGGCGAUUAAAACCUGAUUUUGAAGAAGCAGCGGCACGUGCACGAGUUAAAAAUUCAUUAGAUAAAACAAUUUUUGAAAAACAGAAAAAAUCAUAUCCCUAUAUAAGCAAAGUGAAAGCAUCAACUGGAAGAAGUAAAGAUGCAACGGCUCGACGUUCAAGUUAUUUAGAGCAUGAAUAUGGAAAUUCUUAUUCUCGAUCGUAUGGUACAGGAAGUGAUAGUACCGGGAGUGAAUACAAUGAACGUUCUGAUGAUAUGGAAUUACGAAACGAAUGGCCAACUAUUAGACAAGCAUUAGCUACUGUACUCGGACUCGAGGGAGAUGUUGCAUUAUUAGACGAUAAAGUACAUUUACAUCGUUUGCCAGACAGUCAUACGCUAGCAAAAGAAGGUGUUAUGUUCAUUGAUCGUGAAGGCGAAAUAAGUGGUUUAGUUAGUGCACUAACUGGAGAACCAACAUUAUUUACUUAUCGUACAAGAGGUCCAUCAGAUAUAUGUGCAAUAACAAAAGAAAACUUUUAUGAUUUAAUGCGUAUGCAACCAAAUCUUGUAUUACCAGUUGCUGCAAUGAUGGUAAAACGUAUGUCUCCGUUAGUAAGACAAAUUGAUUUUGCAUUAGAAUGGAUGUUAGUUGAAGCUGGAAAAUCAUUAUAUAGACAAGACUGUAAACCUCAAAGUGUAUACAUUAUAUUAAAUGGUCGAGUACGUAGUGUAUUAUUAGCACAAGAUAAAAAGCGAAAAGAAUUAGUUGGUGAAUACGGUCGUGGCGAAAUGGUUGGAAUAGUCGAAGUUUUAAUGGAGGUGCCACGUCAAAGUACCACUCUUGCCAUUCGUGAUACUGAACUUGCUGUUAUCCCGACUGGAUUGUUAAAUUACAUUAAAUGGAGACAACCACAAAUUGUUUCAAGACUGAUCAAUGUUCUGAGUCAAAAAAUUUAUGGCACUCUACAAAAUACAUUGACAAAUGGUGUUAAUCUAACAAUGCCACCAGUUGAUGAAGGAUUUCAAGAUCGUUCGAGUACAUUAACAAAAAAUUUAUCAACGGUUGCAAUUGUUGCUAUUUCAGAAGAUGUUCCACUUGAUGCAUUUACAUGUGAACUUGUUCAUAGUUUAUUAGCAAUCGGUCCAACACUUCACUUGACUGAACAACUUAUAAUUGACAGAUUUGGUGAAUCUGCACUCGAAAGUAUCAACGAUUAUCGUUUAUCAGCCUGGUUAGGUCAGCAAGAAGAAUUACACAAAAUUGUUGUUUAUCAGUGUGAUAAAAAAUUAACACAAUGGACACGACGAUCAUUAAGACAGGCGGAUUGUAUUUUAAUCGUUGGGAACGGAUGGAACGAACCGACUAAAGGCGCAGUUGAAAAUGAAAUUGAACGUAGUGCUGUACGAGCUCAAAAAGAACUUAUUUUAUUACAUCGAAUUGAUAGUCAAAAGCCAAAGGGUACCGCUCGCUGGUUAAAUAUACGUCAAUGGAUAACAUUUCAUCAUCAUAUUCGAUGUCCUGAUCGUAUGUUCAAAUAUUCAAUAGAAUCUGAUAUUCAAUCUUGGACUGAUUACAGUGAUUUACUACCGACUGAACCAGAUUCUACAUCUGAUUUUGCCCGUAUGGCUCGAUUUUUGACUGGUACAGCCAUUGGACUUGUUUUAGGUGGCGGUGGUGCACGUGGCUGUGCUCAUGUUGGUAUGAUUCAAGCAAUGCAUGAAGCAAACAUUCCGAUCGAUUUAAUUGGAGGGACAAGUAUCGGUGCAUUGAUGGGUGCCUUAUGGGCUGAUGAGUUAAAUAUUCAAGGAUAUGUUGAACGAGCUAAAGAUUGGUGUGGGAAAAUGACAUCUGUAUGGCGUAAACUAAUCGAUUUAACGUACCCUAUUACGAGCAUGUUCACCGGUGCUACAUUUAAUGAAAUAAUUGAAGAAGCAUUACCCGAAGUUCAAAUUGAAGAUCUCUGGAUACCCUAUUUUUGUGUAACAACUGAUAUAAGUGCAUCCAAAAUGCGAGUACACACAAGUGGCUCUUUAUGGCGUUAUGUACGAGCAAGUAUGAGCCUUUCUGGCUACUUUCCACCUUUAUGUGAUCCGGAUGAUGGACAUCUUUUGCUUGACGGUGGUUAUGUCAAUAAUUUGCCAGCCCAUACAGUUAUUGCCGUAGAUGUUGGUUCUCAGGAUGAGCAAAAUUUUUGUAAUUUUGGUGAUCGUUUAUCUGGAUGGUGGUUGUUAUAUAAACGUUGGAAUCCGUGGACGACCCCCGUUAAAGUUCCCGAUCUUAGUGAAAUACAGACUCGUUUGGCAUAUGUAUCGUGUCAACGUCAAUUAGAACUUGUUAAAACUUCAAAUUUUUGCGAAUAUAUUCGACCGCCAAUAGAUCGAUAUAGAACGUUACAAUUUGGAAGUUUUGAUGAAAUUAGAGAAGUUGGCUAUCAUCAUGGACGUGCGAUAUUUCAUGGUUGGUCAAAAUUAGAAUCGUAUGACGCUAUAUUUUUAAAACAAAAACCACAAUCAUUUCCUGAGAAACAAGCUCGAUUGCGAAAACAAGAUUCAACUGGUUCAAAAUUCAUUGAUUUAGCUGAAUUAAUUACACGAGUUAGAGAACCAGCUUCGUCAGGCAGAUUGUUAGAGGAAGAUGAAGAUGAUUAUGAUACGUCUACAACGGAAGAUUCACAUUUAUCAUUCUCUAGCACGACGAAAGGACGAACAAAACGUUCAAAUCGUACAACAACUAGAAUAGGCGGUCUACGACGACAUAAAGCUCGAGUGGUUAUACGAUCGCGUCCAGAAACGCCAGUUCAAGAUUCGUUCGGUUCAUUAAAUAAUCAUCAAUCAAAUAUUGAAGAAAUUCUUUAA